AUGGACAUGCAGGAAUAUGGCGGAUGCUAUGUCGGCUUUGAUUUGGCACAUGCCGUUGGAAAUGUUGAGAUUUGCUUACACGACUGGGGCGUGGACUUUGCCUGCUGGUGUUCUUACAAGUACCUGAACUCCGGGGCUGGAGGACUAGCUGGAGCUUUCAUCCAUGAGAAGCAUUCCUGCACCAUCAAACCUUCGUUGGUCGGCUGGUGGGGUCACGAGUUCAAAUCCAGAUUCAGCAUGGAGAACGAAUUAAAACUGAGCCAAGGUGUUGACGGCUUCCGCCUGUCUAAUCCCCCCAUUUUAUUGGUGUGCUCCCUGCAUGCAAGUUUGGAGGUUUUCAAUCAAACCAGCAUGAAGGCCUUACGGAAAAAGUCAAUUUUACUGACUGGCUAUUUGGAGUACUUAAUUAAACAUUAUUACAGUGAAAACAUGGCUGAACCCAAGAAACCUUAUGCAAAAAUAAUCACGCCCUCUCACUUUGAAGACAGGGGAUGUCAGCUCUCCCUGGCUUUUUCUCUGCCUAUAAAAGCUGUUUACAAAGAACUUGAAAAGAGAGGCGUCGCGUGUGAUUUGCGUGAGCCUAAUGGUCUACGGAUUGCACCAGUACCUCUCUACAAUACUUUCCAUGAUGUCUUCAAGUUCAUUAAAAUUUUGGGAGAAGCUUUGGCCUCUGUUAGAAACUCACCAGCUACAAAUGGGACAGAAGAGUAAAGAUGGAGGACGGGAGCUAAUCACUGACUGUCCAUCGUUUUACAUACUCAUAGAUUCAAGGAUUAAAUGAAAUGAUUGAAAAUGUUAAAAGGAAUUAGCUAGUUAUUAUUGUGGAUGUAUUUCCUAUAAUAAUAUAUAUAAUUUUUACACAAGCAUAAUGUUUUGGGGUUUCUGUCACUAAAAAUAAAAAAUAUUUAUUUGCA